CCCUAAAAUCUAACGAAGCUCGAAGGGAUUUGAGUAAAAGAAGAGAUGACGACGAUACGUAGAUUCAGCUGCAACGACCUUCUCCGAUUCACUUCUGUGAAUCUAGACCACCUCACUGAAACAUUCAAUAUGUCCUUCUACAUGACCUACUUAGCGAGAUGGCCUGACUAUUUUCAUGUUGCCGAAGGUCCCGGAAAUCGUGUCAUGGGCUACAUUAUGGGUAAAGUUGAAGGACAGGGUGAAUCAUGGCAUGGUCAUGUGACAGCCGUCACUGUCUCUCCAGAAUAUCGCAGGCAGCAACUCGCAAAGAAACUGAUGAACCUUCUCGAAGAUAUUAGUGAUAAGAUUGAUAAAGCCUACUUUGUGGAUCUUUUUGUAAGAGCUUCCAACACACCAGCCAUCAAGAUGUAUGAAAAGCUUGGCUACAUAAUCUAUAGGCGGGUUUUACGCUAUUAUUCAGGAGAGGAAGAUGGAUUAGAUAUGAGGAAGGCAUUAUCAAGAGAUGUAGAGAAAAAGUCUGUAAUUCCUCUCAAGAGACCUAUCACACCUGAUGAACUAGAGUAUGAUUGAGACCCUGAAUGUUCCUUUUUAUUUGCAUUAAAAAGAUACUCGAGAUCCUUAAGAUGAUAUGUUACUGUUGUGUGGUUUCGUAUCUGAAUAAUUACUUUUCCUUCUCUUCCACACAAAUGUAUAAUCUACUUUGAGCAAA